AAAUAAAAAAAAGCCGAACAUUUUAUUUAUCAUUUAAUAACCUUUGUUUUUGUACUCUCGAGUAUAGUAAGAGUAUAAAACAAAGCAGGUAAUUAAAUUUCUUAUUUAAUGACUCUGUUUUUGCACUCCCGAGUACAAUGAGAGUAGGAAAUAAAAAAAAGCCGAACAUUUCAUUCAUCAUUUAAUAACCUUUGUUUUUGUACUCCCGAGUAUAGUAAGAGUAUAAAACAAAGCAGGUAAUUAAAUUUCUAUUAUAAUGACUUGUUUUUGCACUCCCGAGUACAAUGAGAGUAGGAAAUAAAAAAAAGCCGAACAUUUCAUUCAUCAUUUAAUAACCUUUGUUUUUGUACUCCCGAGUAUAGUUAGAGUGAGAAAUAAAAAAGCCGAAAAUCAAAUUCCUUAUUUAAUGACUCUGUUUUUGCACUCCCGAGUACAAUGAGAGUAAGAAAUGAAAAAAGCCGAAAACUAGCUAUAAAAGAGUUUGCUUCUUUAGGAAUUCAUUUUAAGUGUCUUCAUUUAUCUGAGUUCACUAUGGCAUCAUCAUUUUUCAGUCAAACAAGAGUUAAAACAUACAAAUAUGCAUGCGUCUUCUUCGAUGAAGAUAAAUGUAUUGGUUCUGUCAAAACUAAAGAUAUUGUAAAUAGGGAAGAAAAGUUACUGAGCGUUGACGACAAUGUAUUUGUGCGAUGGGGUAGCGGAAAGAAUGUACAAAAUCACAAAGCUACAAUUUUAUUUCUAAACAAUGAAUGGUCAAAUUGCACACAGUUUGAAAGAGAUUGGUUGAACAACGAGAAAACAUUUAUCAUCGAAGAGGUCGGAGAAAAAAAAAAAGAAGAAAAAAUAAAAAACAUUAAAAACAAUAAAAAACGGACAACAGGCGAAACAUUAGUAAAACCUCAGAAGAAGUUCGUCAAAAAGGAUAGUGCAGCUGUAGAAAUAAAUUACAAAGUCCCACAACUAAAUUACCAAGUUGAUUUUAGUGAUGUUUUACGAGAACCGCGGAAGGCACAAAAUGGUAAAGUAGAAAACACCGCCGAAGAACCGCCAAAGGAUAAAGUGGAAAACACCGCCGAAGAAACGCCGAAGACGCAAAACGAUGAAGUUGAAAACACAUUCUCCUUUCUAAAGUUAUUGGUUUCACCUGGAAAACCACUGCCAUCAUUUUCGCCACCUACUUCGACACUAUCCACUUCUAUUCUUCCCGACCUACCUUUUUCUCCGCCUUCACCAGCCAGACCUCUGCAAUCAACACCUGCCGUUAGAACAACACUUUUUCCGAAUUAUCCCGAGCAAACAAAGCAGUGCACGUGCGAUUGUGCUGCUAUGCGACAAAUCAUUGAAAGACUAGAAAAGCGACUAGCUGCGUUGGAAGGGAAUGCAAUUGCCUUAUCCGCAAACUUUAUCGACGACAGUGACGAAGCAUUACCUUCAGUCCAGGGGUUGUCUCCACUAAAGGCGAUGCAGAGGACGAAUAUUGAUGAUGACGAUUUUCAAAUAAAUGAAAGAUUAAAUAGAAAAAAAUACAAGGUGGACACAGCUCCUACUAUAGAAAUUCCGACCGAAUUCUGGCCGAUAGCCAAUGAAGUGAGACAAGGGGCGACAUCUUUCAAAAACUUUAGCUAUCUGUUGCUGGCUAAAUUAUUUGACCACAAGGAGCUUGUAGGAAGAAAUUGUCGAGGAGUUAAAAAACCUGCGAUUGAUGGCUACAAACAAGAUAUUGUUAAAGCUUUUUGUUGGAAGUUUUAUCCAACCAACAUGGCUGCACCGGGUGCAUGGAGGGACUGUCAACGUGCAAUUGAUGAAUUUAUACGACGUAGCAACAGAACAAAGAAAAAUUAUAAAUCAUGCAUGUUGCAGUCAUAAAACUCUUUCAGUUAAUAACUUUUUUGUAAAUAUUUUUUUAGAUGUAAAUAUUUUUUAUUUUUAGAUUUUUUUAAAAAAAUAUAUCAUUAAACAUUAAA